AUGAUAUUCGAGGCCAUCCAUCGGCUUGGAAGCAAAGCUGAUCUCGAGUUGAUGUACCCAUCUAAUUUUCUCGUGUCUGAGAAAGAUGACUCACCAGAAGCUCAUUUACUACGUUUUGCAAGAGAUAAAUACGCAGUUAAACUCAAGCCAAUGGAGGUGAUAUACAAGGGCGGGGGAGGUGAAACGUGGUCAAGGAGCUACACGAAGCUUCUCACUUUCAAUCAAACAGAAUACGACAGAGUCCUUCACUUAGACUCUGACGCCACUCUCCUACAGACAAUGGACGAGCUAUUUCUGCUCCCAUCGGCUCCGGUCGCUAUGCCACUGGCAUACUGGUUCCACCAAGAAGACAAAGUUUUUACUUCCGCUCUAAUGCUCAUUCAACCGUCCACAGCAGAGUUCAGCCGUCUAACGGAUGAGAUAUGGGAUGGUGUUUCUGGUGGAUAUGACAUGGACAUUGUGAACAGGUUAUAUGGAGAUACAGCACUUGUUAUCCCGCAUCGUCCUUAUAUGCUUCUGACGGGGGAAUUUCGCUCCAAGGACCAUGAAGCCUAUCUAGGCAAUGCAGACGAAUCGUGGGAUGCCGAGAAAGUCCUAGAAGCUGCCAAGUACCUCCAUUUCUCGGACUGGCCUGUUCCCAAGCCAUGGAUAACAGCCACUCAGCACGUGCUCGAAGAGACGCAGCCGCCUUGCGAAGUACAACUUGUCACCGGUCAACAAGAUGAUUGCCACAUCCGACAGCUUUGGCUGGGGAUGUACGAAGAAUUUAGGUCCAGACGACAGAAUAUAUGUGGCGUUGCUUUAUCAUGAAGGUUCUCCGUAACGGGUCGCCUUUUCGAUCAUUCCGCUUCAAGAGAGUAAGGAUCGAGAGAAUUACGUCUAUUGUUGACAGCCGGAAGUUCUCAGUCUAAACCUAAU